GCCGCAUAGCCUUCUAACCGUCCAACCGAUUGAUUACUCAUUCGCGCUGCCAACCGUCCGUCCCUUGUAUUUAGGAUAUCGCCAGCGGCACGACGUCCUCGACCAUCUCAUCGACUCCACUCUCCACUCUCCCAUGGACGCCGUUCUCGCGCUCGCACCACGACGGCUCGUCGUGCGCACGCUGUGCACGCUCGCAGUCUCGACCGCCGUCUAUGCAGGCUACACCCUCGCCGCAGCCCUCUACCGCCACUUCACUUCUCACCUGCGACUGCUGCCGGGCCCCGCGUCGACGCAUUGGUUUUGGGGGAACAGUCGGGAGCGGAUCGCUGAUCAAGAUCGUGGGCUCCUGGACGAAUGGGCGAAGCUGUAUGGACGCGUGUACAGGACCCGGCGGAUGAUGGGCGGGUACAACCUCGUUAUUACCGACACGAAGGCCAUCCAUCAUUUCCUGACGCAGACCGGGGUGUACCAGAAGUCGAAGAUGAUGCGGUCGAUGCUGGGGAGGAUCGUGGGGCCUGGGAUCUUGGUCGUCGAGGGCGAGCAACAUCGGAAUCAGCGCAAGAUCAUGAAUCCUGCAUUUGGUCUCCCGCAGGUUCGGGAGCUGACGGAGAUCUUCAUCCAGAAGUCUGUCCAGUUGCGGGAUGUCUGGCUGGCCGCGGCAACAUCGUCCCCCGAAAACGCUGCUUCCGUCGAAGCCUUGUCUGCACUAAGCAAGACGACACUCGACAUCAUUGGCCUCGCCGGGUUCAAUCACGACAUCAAUGCCCUAGCGGCAGACGCUCACACGCAACCCGACGAACUCGCCGAUGCGUUUGAAAAGUUAUUCGAGGCCGAAACCGGUUUUGACCUUCUCGGCCUGUUUAUUUCGAGAGUGCCGCUAAUGAGCAGAUUGCCUACGAAGCAAUAUCGCACCACCAAGGCGGCACAGGCCCGCAUGAUCGCUAGUGGUCGCAGACUUCUCGCUGAGAGCAAGCGAGAGGUGCAGCAGAACGGGUCGUUUGCCAGUGGCACUGGACGAGCGAGAGAUCUGUUGGCGCUUCUCGUGAAAGCGAACAUGGACAAGGACAUCCCAGAGAGCCAGCGUUUGAGUGAUGAGGAUGUUCUAGCUCAGGUUCCGACCUUCUUGGUUGCUGGGCACGAAACUACUAGCACCGCUGUGACCUGGGCACUGUUUGCUCUGACUCAGCACAAAUCCGUCCAGGACCGCCUUCGCGAAGAGGUUCGCGGAGUCGCCACAGACUUCCCGACAUUCGAUGAGCUCAACUCGCUCCCUUAUCUCGACUGCAUCGUCAAAGAGACCUUGAGGUUGUAUCCGCCUGUGACGCAAACCAGCCGAGUGGCAGUAGUCGAUGACGUCCUACCGCUGGAAGAGCCGUUUACAGAUAUUCAUGGCAUCGCGCACAGCAGCCUUUUAGUCAAACAGGGACAGAUUGUUUUGAUCCCGAUUGCGAUGCUCAACCGGGAUAAAUCUAUAUGGGGCGAAGACGCUCUCGAGUUCAAACCCGGACGGUGGGACUCAUCCAUAUCUAACUCGAUCCCCGGCAUCUACUCGCACAUGCUGACAUUCAUCGGCGGGCCGCGGAACUGCAUCGGGUAUCGCUUCGCCUUGGCUGAGAUGAAGGCCCUGCUGUUCACUCUCGUCCGGAGCCUCGAGUUUGAGCUGGGCGUACCCGCUGAGCAACUCAGCCAGAAGGGCACAGCGAUUGUGAUGCGCCCGAUCGUGUUGAGUGAGCCGGAGAAGGGGAAUCAGCUGCCGUUGAUUGUCCGUCCAGUCUCGUGGACACCUUAAGCAGCAUGUACUGUAUGUGAUAGAAGAAAUCAGUCCCACUCUCCCGGGUGAAGCAUCAGCAAAGCCGUCUUGACUCCAUUACGACCGCAAUGACUGGCCAAUGACUGGGGUUCUACAAGCAAAAUGUACUAUCUUCGUCUGUUAUCAUGCCGAAACUCGAAUGGGG